GGAAGACGAAGAGGCCGGAGAUGAGGUGGAGGAUUUUGCGGAUCCAGAGAUCGGCCAUCAAGCCAAUCGGGGGAGGAAAAUCAGGGAUGCUAUAGAUAGAAUGGCCUCUUCAGACUUCUCAGCGACUUUUAAAGUGUGCCACAAAGUGAGCCCUGACCUCCCCUAACUCACCCUUCUCAGGGAGGACAACACAGUGUGUUCAGGAUGUGGGCUUGUGUUGCCUUUGUCCUGCUGUGGAUCAGGUCAGCGGGGUGCACAGAAAAGGCCAAUAUGUCGAAGCGUAUUGAAUACACGGCUGCAGACUUCUACGAAAGGCUGCUGUCUGGGAAGAUGAUGUUCCUCUAUUUUGAGCAACAAGUCUCUCCCACCAUCUCUCUGUUCCUGGUGGAGUUAGAGAAGUCGGCCGAAGCUCUGCAGGAUUAUGGAGUACUAGUCGGCAAGGUCAGCUGUCAGAAAGAGCCGAUUCAGACGUACUGUACGGAGGCGAAGCAACAGCACACAGCUUUUCUUUUCAGGGGCGGCAGGGAGUUCACGAGUUUCAGCCUGGACACCGUCUUCGACGUCAACUCCAUCGUGGCUGAGGUCCUAUUCGCCAUCCUGGGCGAUGAGGUGAGGUACGUCCAUACGGACGCUGACCUGCUGGCCAUGGAGAAGGCAGCCAAAGGGAAGAAGGAUAUCGUUCUCAGUUACGUGCGCAGCCUGGGAACAGAAGAGCAUAGAGCGCUGAUGGAGACGGCGUACGUCUACGGAUCCAAAUACCAGUUCAUCCUCAUAACGGGAGGUCCGGUAUUAAAGCAGCUAAGAGUAAACGAAUCGCCCCAGCUGUCCAGGGUGUGGUUCCUCCACUGCAGAGUCCACAGCACUUCCAUGACCCCGGUGACCCCGGUGACCUCUGAGCGCUGCCCGUUGACGCAAAUGAGGAAGGCCCUGUCCACCCUGAACCUGCACACCUUCUUGCAGCUUUUGGAGGCCCCACUUGUGUCCGAAGUGUACGUGGACCCCUCCUCAGUCCCGCCCCCACAGUCCCCCUACCAGCUGACGCCGCAGGUCUUCCUCUUUUCCCACCCUGCCACCGAGCACCUGGACCUGGACACGGCCACCGCCCUGGCCUGGAGGCUGCGAGGCCUUGCCAUGUUGCUGCUGGUGCACAGGCAGAGCCCAGCGGUGAAAACCCCUGAGAAGUACAACGCUGCCUACCGGCUCCCCGAGAAGAGUAUAGAGGUGAAAUAUUUGACCGUACACAGCCUCGACGAUGUGUUGGAGCUCUUCACAAAGCAGGAGGAGGAGGAUGAGGAGGAGGAUCAUGUGGAUGAAGAGGAAGAUUCACAUUUAGGAGAGCUGGACGACGAAGUCGCGGCGGCGGUACAUAAAAACCGAGCCCACUUCCAGGACAUGGACUCAGUCACCCAGCUGACCUCUGACAACUUCCACGCUGAAGUUGCUCAAAGCAGCCUCACGGUGGCGCUGUUCUACCUCAAAUGGGACGCUGUUUCGAUGGAUUUCCUCAGCUCCUUCAUUGAAGUUGCAGAGAGACUGGAAGAUUCCCAGGUUGAUGACGUUCGUAUGUGUGUGGUUGACUGUGGAGAGUGGACCGACCUCUGUGCUGCCCAGCCUGGCUCAGCGGUCCCGUUCCGGCCAAUCGCGGCCUUCCCCAGCGUUCUGCUAAUCCGCCCUCAGCAGUCGGCCCAACACUACAGAGGAAUGCUGACAGGAGAGGCGUUGCAUCGCUUUAUCAUGUUGAGCCGCAUGGCCUCUCCUGUGCUGCUGUCCACCGAAGAGGAAGUGACAUCUUUCCUCCAAGAGGCGCCUCACCCUGAUCUAGCCACUUACAGGCCUGAUAGAAUCCUGGGAUUGAUAAGGACAGCGAGCCAACCAGGUCUGUCCGUGUUCACUGAAGCAGCAAAGUCAUUAAGAGGAGAGGUUCUGACUGGACUGCUGACAGACGGACUGGUGGAGAAGUGGGCUGCAGAGUAUGCUGCGGACCCUCCUGCAGUGUUGCUGUUUCCUUCUUGGAGGAAGCCCACUGCGCGCCCUUCAUUGCUGCCUGUGGACUCAUCGUCUAAGGAGCUGCUCGCCAACAUCUACUCUGCCCUGCUCCCCCCAGUGCCGGAGCUGACUGUGGAGAACCUGCCGUCUUUGCUCUCCCUGGGUAAAGCGCUCCUCCUCCUCUUUGUGGGCGAGGAAGAGGACGAGAUCGGGCAAAGGCACAACCAGGCGCUGGUGGACGAGAUGGCAGCAGUGGUGGAGCAGGGAGGCGUGAGGAUGGAGCGAUACCUAGCCUGCUGGAUCCACCUCGGCCGCACUCCAGCCGGUAUGUCGGUUCUGGGGUCAUACCUGGGCUCUAUGCCCCCCCUUCCUGCGUUGGUGGUCGCACAUUUACCCACUGGAGAUGAAGUCUACCAGUACCCAGCCAACACUCCUGUGCUGGCCUCCUCUGUGCUGCACUGGCUGCAGCGGGUUGAGGAUGGGAUGGAGCCACCUGCAGGGGUGCUGGGCGGCGACAGCUGGCCUCCUGCUUCAGAGUUCUAUGACUUCCUGAAGAUCAUGGACACGCAGGAAGCUGAGCCCAGUCCCACAGACGGGGAGGAAGCGGAGGCAGAGGAAGUUAAUGUUGAGGAACAUUUGGUGACUAAAAAGAGGCCAGAUGAUCAUCUUGAUAUGAAUACUAAAUUUCACUCUGAACUUUGACAUGUGAAUGACCUACGUUUUUUUUCUGAUUUUUUUUUUUCUUUUAUUACUUUAAAUAUAUUUCUAACGUUUUAUAAGUUGGUAGUUAAAGCUGCUGUUGAGUUAAAUACCAAGUUUUUCGUUGUGUUUGCCUUAUUGCACUUGUAGGCAUAUUCUUAAGGGGGUGUUUAUUGUAACUGUUUCAUUUCCUGGUUUCGGUGGUUUUGCGUCUGAGUGACGAUUAGGGUUUCAUCAGAUUUGCUGAUGUUUUUCUCUUUAUUUGCCACUUACUUGAGUCACUAUUAGGUGUCAGAUAUAUUCCCUAUGGUUUACCUCAACUGCUUUUGUGAAACCUGCUGAGCAAACAAACCAUUUGUCUGACUGAAAGACACUUUAGCACCGAGUUACAUUUGAUGUAUUAUUGUUUUUAAUAAUAAAAAAUAGAUGCUGUCUUUAUAAAUACA